AUGCGAUCUCUACUUACUUGGUUCAUCUUGCUCAUCUCGGCAUGUGUUUGUGCUGGCUUCGAUCCCACUUUCUGGAAUACGCAGUUCUUUGCCCCCGGCCAUGUUGUCGAUGUAAAGUCCCCAGCACAGAAGAACUUUGACGAAGACAACGCCGGCUUCAUCCGACCUUCCCUAUUCUCGGGAGCCAGUGCAUCGUCCUCGACCAGGAGACUCAUCCAGCCGCCUCCUCUAAAACGGAAUCAGGGUCUCCCACAGGGAUUGAGGUGGUAUCGGAUAUAA